ACCCUCCUCUCGGCGCCGCUUCCUUUGCGUUUCUCUUGUCUCUGUCCUGCCCUCCUCCGUGUUGCUCUUUCACCACACAUCUUAGAGGCGAAUCUUUUGCGAAGAACAGAUCGCCGGCGAGCCGCAGACUCUUCUCGCCUCUAGAUCUCUUAUCUUUUUGCAGAAGUGUGGAUGAAUUAAUGGAGUCUAAGGGUGGGAAGAAGAAGUCUAGCAGUAGUAGUAGUUCAUUACAGUACGAAGCUCCCCUCGGCUACAGCAUUGAAGACAUCCGACCGCACGGUGGAAUCGAGAAGUUCCAGUCUGCUGCUUACUCCAACUGCGUGAGGAAGCCAUCCUGAUAUCUCCUCAGAUGUCCCCUUCGGUAGAGUAGGAUUUCCCGUGCUUUUGUUUUUGUUCCUCGAGCUGUUUACCUAUCUCUGGCUUGCUGCUUUCUGAUAAUCAAACCUCUCUCAAUCUCUCGUCUUGUCUCCCACUCUCUUCUCCAUCAACCCUCUCUGUUGUUCUUGCACUCACCCGAUGACAUUCUCGAUGGGUGGUUCCCCGCACCCUCCCCCUGUUUCGCCAAUUGGGUUCGAGGGGUACGAGAAGCGCCUGGAGAUUACCUUCUCUGAGGCGCCCAUCUUUGUCGACCCCCAGGGUCGUGGACUGCGCGCCAUCUCGCGUGCGCAGAUCGAUUCUAUUCUGGAUUUGGCACGGUGCACCAUCGUGUCUCAGCUGUCGAACAAGGACUUCGAUUCGUAUGUCCUCUCUGAGUCGAGCCUCUUUGUGUACCCCUACAAGAUCAUUCUCAAGACGUGUGGGACGACAAAGCUCCUCCUUUCCAUUCCCAGAAUCCUUGAUCUUGCUGCAGACCUCUCGCUCUCUGUUCUGUCUGCAAAGUACUCACGUGGGACCUUCAUUUUCCCCGGCGCGCAGCCAUCUCCGCACCGCAGCUUCUCUGAGGAAGUCUCUGUCCUGAAUGGCUUCUUUGGCAGCCUCAAGUCCGGCGGUAAUGCUUAUGUGAUUGGUGAUCCAUCGAUGCCGAACCGGAAAUGGCAUAUAUACUAUGCUACCCAGAAACCUGAGCUGCCUUUGGUUACUCUGGAGAUGUGCAUGACCGGGCUGGACGCUGAACGCGCAUCGAUCUUCUUCAAGAACUCAGUUGAUGGCCAUAAUUCUUCUGCGAACGAGAUGACGAAGCUCUCUGGGAUCUCCGACAUCAUUCCUGAGAUGGAAAUAUGCGACUUUGAUUUCGAGCCCUGUGGAUACUCCAUGAACGGGAUUCACGGUCCAGCACUCUCUACAAUCCAUGUGACACCCGAGGAUGGUUUCAGCUACGCGAGCUACGAAGCCAUGGGGUUCAACCCUCACUCCUUGAAAUAUCACGACCUGGUCGAAAGAGUCCUCAGGUGCUUCGGCCCUUCUGAGUUCUCCGUUGCAGUCACCAUCUUCGGAGGACGUGGGCUGGCUGCCACAUGGGCGAAGAAGGUUGAUCUGCAUGGAUAUGCUUGCAAUGACAUGGUGGAGCAGGAGCUUCCUGGUGAUGGACUGUUGGUCUACCAGACCUUCGCUGCUUCCACUGCGACGGCAGAGUCACCAAGGUCCAUCCUGCAUCACUGGGAAGGAUAUACUUUGGAGAAUGCUGUGAAGGAUGGCAAAGGAGGAGUCUUCUCAGAACGUGAGGUGCCGGUGGAGAAGGGAGGGAAAGAUGAGAAGGGGAGAUUAUGAGAAAGGUGUUCUAUUCCUGUUUGCCUGUUCGUCUUUUUUGGCAAAGCAGCCGGCCAGGCUACUAUUAGUAUAUGCUAAUGUGAAUAAGAACUCUGGGUGGUUUGCUGUGUCUACCACAAUGAGUUUGGAGUAAUAAUCAAAUGAUGCUCUCUUGGUGUGGAACAGAGUUGGAUAUCAAUAAAAAAAGCUUUAAUUUUUGUGGUUUACAA